AAAAGAUAAAGAAUGGUAUGAAACUUUACGGAUGCGGCUUCAUCACAAGAACAGCUGCCACAAGCACUGAAACAAGCACUGAAACAAGCAAUGCUGCUACUGUUGGAGAAGGUGUUGCAAAUAACAACGCACUAAAACUGGUUACUGAUCUAGAAUCCGGUUACAAGGUGAUGACUGUUUGGGGCGGUGUCUACAUCAGAAACAAAUCAGGAGUAACAACCUUUGGUUACGCCAUCUCACCUCGAAGUACUGAAGUUCUGACUGCUGGAGAUAACACAGUAGUGUACUCGGACCACACAGUUUCCUGGGACGGUAGUGCUACUUCCCACGCGGCGCUGGUUAGAAGUGCUAGUUGUGAGGAGCGAUGUGUUGCUGCGACCUGUAGGAGGGUAGUGUGGGGAGACAGUGUGGGGAUGGUCGGGGAGAUGGAGCCUUAUAAACAACCUGUAGAGUACAGACUUGAGUAUCCUCUGCCUCUGAGAGUUACAGCGCUUGCGCUAGGAGCUCAGUUUACUCUAGCACUCGGUCACUGUGGUAUCGUCUGGUCCUGGGGCAUCAACAACCACGGACAAUUGGGUCAAGGUCACAUAGAGACAGUUAAAGAGCCAACACCAGUUGAUUAUUUGGGUGGCUUGCAAAUAAGGGGGAUUGCUGCUGGAUAUUGGCACUCUCUAGCAGUUUCAGAGUUUGACGCGGUUUAUGCUUGGGGCUGGAACAGCAAGGGGCAAUUGGGACUACCUGCAGAUAAGACUAUGGAAAGUGAACCAGUGGCUCUCUUUGAAGAAGACACGGAAAUAAGAAAGGUUUCUUGUGGGAGGAGCCAUUCGGCAUUCCUCGACUCAGGAGAUAAAUUAUACGUCUGUGGAUUCAACAAGUACGGUCAAUGUAACCCUGACAGUGAUAGUGAGAACCUAUUCUUGGACAAUAACUUAUGUCAUCAGGCUUUGUUAGCUAGCGGGGUGUCUGAUGUUGUUUGUGGCCCUUGGUCCACAUUUUAUGUUACAGAAUGAGAAGAUUUUUGGGUAUAUUGCCGAUGACUUUAUGGUUUAUGGCGACAAAUUUAUGUAAACCAUGAUGACGGUCUAUGUU